UAUCGUUAGCCGAUAAUUGGUGACUGACAACAAUAUUAUCGACUGUCCGUAAUAUUUGCGCGUAACGUCAGAAUUUUAUGUAUACAUUGAGGAUACACACAGCUGUGUGCCAGUCUAUUACCCUGCGAAAUAACGUGAGGUGUCGUGCGAUAGGAAAAUUUUACGUACUUUUGACGGAACCGUGUGAACAUCGGAUUGACAUCAUCAUGAUAAAAAUACACCCCUGACGGACGGAUCAUCAUCAUCGUCGUGAGAAUCAAUUGUUCGCAUAUUCUCGUGCGCGCGUUUGAUAAAAACUAAAAUUUUAUUAAUUGAUUAUUGUUAUUCGCGAGAACACGCCUGGCAUUAUUCGCGACAAUGUUGUUAUUAUGACGGUCUAUCUGUUCCGGCGAGGUGUGUGCGCGCGACAUCAAAGUUCAGCGUUUGCAUGACACGCGAGGAUUGGUUAUGGCUAGGAAAAUUACAGACUUCGUAGAAUGACCGAGCGCAGUGCCGCGAAUGCACGCCGCGGAAAAACAAGCAGAAACGAUGCAGGCCAACGACGGAAAUAUGGAUCAAAGCUUGCCGGAGAAGAGGACCAUCAGAUUUCGCGGACCGAAGACUCAUGUGUCACCCGCCGACAGACGGGUGGAGAGUGUUGAUCUUUCUCACUACCGAUCGGGAUUGUCGAACGGUCAGGAAGAGGAAGAAGGAAAGAAACAAGGUGUAUCCUUGAUGCAAUUUUUACGGACGGAAUUAACAAGGGGCUAUCAGCUGGAACAUGACGAGGAGAGAUUUUCUGCUAGAAGAGAGAAAGUUUACUCAUUCAUAAAAAUUCCCAGGGAAGUAGAAAGAUUCAUGACUUAUGGCUUUCUUCAGUGUGCAGAUUCUUUUCUCUUUGUCUACACAUUUUUACCCUUGAGAUUUGCAAUGGCGCUAUGGGCGGUGAUAACAAGACCUUUACGACAUUGUUUAAGAGGUGGAAAAGUUCAUGCAAAACGUAAGGAAAGGUAUUUAAGCCCAGCUGAAGUGUGUGAUUUGUUGAAAGGAGUUGUGGUGGUGGGUUGCUGGGCCGCAACCUGGAAAGUGGACACUUCUAUGAUGUACCAUUUAGUUAAGAGUCAGUCUGUUAUAAAACUAUAUAUAUUUUAUAAUAUGUUAGAGGUGGGAGAUCGUCUCUUCAGUGCCUUCGGUCAAGAUACAAUAGACGCUCUGCUGUGGACCGCUACCGAGCCGCGUUCACGCUCGAGCUCUAAUCGUACCAAACAUUUGGGUACUUUACCGCAUCUUUUAUUUGCUUUCACUUAUGUGUUAUUACACAGUAUAUUGGUGUUGUUCCAAGCUACGACGUUGAACGUAGCGAUCAACAGCAGCAAUAAGGCUCUUCUCACGAUUAUGAUGUCUAACAACUUUGUGGAACUAAAAGGUUCCGUCUUCAAGAAAUUCGACAAGAACAACUUAUUCCAAUUAUCUUGCGCCGACGUCAGAGAGAGGUUUCACCUGACCAUGCUGCUUCUCGCAGUGAGUCUGCAAACAAUGAAAGAGUACGCGUGGCACAGCGAUCGUUUUGCUGUUCUGUUACCGGACUGCGUGAUGCUAUUGUUAGCGGAAGUUCUCGUUGAUUGGGUGAAACACGCGUUCAUCACGCGUUUCAACGAGCUGCCUUCAACCGUCUACCGGGAUUACACCGUGAGUCUGGCGUACGAUAUGGCGCAAAGCCGUCGAGAAACCGCGUUCUCAGAUCCGUCGGAUCUGGUCGCGCGGCGAAUGGGUUUUAUACCCCUUCCACUGGGGGUCGCAAUGGCCCGCGUUCUUUGUACAACUCUGACACCGUCCGCGAGACCCGCUAACUUCAUACUUCUACUGUUUGCUUAUUUUAUACUGGUGGCUCUUCGCAUAUUGAACAGUCUGAUCAUUCUUGGCAAGGCGUGCGACAUAAUGUCGUCGCACGAGCAGCGCGAGAAGCGCUCGAAGUUGUUCCAGCAUAAUCGCGCUAACAGCGUCGACAUAAAGAACCCCAAUCUCAGCACGGCCAUUUUCUCGAACAGUGCCGUCAGCCUGAACAACGUCUGCCUGAACGAGGCGUUUCUGCAGUCGGAGGAGAAGAGCGAGAAGAUACAGUGCGUCGAACAGCUCGAGAACAGCCCGAAAACUGUGUUAAGAACGAAGAGCGAACCUCUUCUUCCUCAAUGACAAAACGUAAUAGUAUAAAUUAAAUUGAAAUCAAUAAUAUUUUUUUUCUUAUUUAUAAACGUGUACAUAUAUUCUACCUGUA